AUGUCAAGAUCAAGUAUUCCUGAAGACAUGCAAGAAGAGAUUUUAUUAAGGUUACCUGUGAAAUCCAUCUUAUGUUUCAAGUCCGUAUGCAAGAGUUGGUAUGCAUUACUUUCCAGUCGUAAGUUCAUAGAGGAUCACCUCAAUAUUGCCACCAAAAACCACCUUAGAAACAGAAAAAUUAUGAUCGGAGUCUAUGAUACUGAUUUCAAAGCUGAUAAUAUAUUUUAUUCCAUAGAUUAUGCCUCAUUAUUAUCACCGACGUCAAGCAGGUGUGACGGAGCUGUGCUGAUGGAUUACCCAAACGACAAUAAUGCUAUAACCGACGAUAAUAUCCAUUCGAUUAUAGGAUCUUGCAAUGGCUUGAUUUUAUUAUGGGCCGAACCUAGUGAAACACUAUAUCUUUGGAACCCAUCAACAAGAGAGUACAGGGAAAUCAUUGGAGCACCGACGGCCAUAGAAAACCUUUCUUAUGGGUUUGGUUACGAUGCCAAAACUGAUAACUACAAGUUGGUAUGCAUUGCAACUGGCUUCUCCAAUGAUAUUGGCGAGCUUGACGAUUUUUCUGAAGUUUACAUAUACAUAGCUGGUUCAUGGAGUAGAGGCCAAAAUAUCCCUUAUUCGUGUUCUGAUGGGACCGAAGCUGUGCUUCUGAAUGGUGUUCUUCAUUGGUUAGGUGAAACAGUUCAUUGGACCGGCGAUACCGCCACUCAUGAAGAAACUAUAAUCUCCUUCGAUAUUAACAGUGAAAAGUUCAUGGAUUUGCCGUUUCCUGAAGGAACUAUGACAUCUCCAGAACAGAGUUUGGAUGUCCAAGUGCUAGGAGAUUCCCUUUGCUUAGUUUCUAGUGUCGGCAAGGUACGUGUUGAUGUAUGGGUUAUGCAAAAUUAUGGAGUCAGAGAAUCUUGGACAAAGGAAUUCACCAUUACCCAAGAAAUCAUUACUGCAAAUCCCAGUUCCUUAACGUUUUAUGGUUUUACUAAAAAUGGUGAGAUUCUGAUACAGCUUGAUGAUUGUUUCGGUUUAUACGACCGAAAAAAUAAUAGCCUUAGGAUCCUGAAUUUAAAUGGCACCAUCGACGGUUACCUUUUUUCGGAGAGUUACGUGGAGAGCUUAGUUUCAGUGACAAGUACAAUGGAACAAAAACAAAAGAAAUACACUGGUGAAGUUCAAGAUUCUCAUUUGGAGAAAAUCUCUGAAGUUAUAAUGGAAGCAGUUGCAGAUAAAGAAGCAAAACGCAAACGUAAUGAAUUAACUGAAAGUAAUAUUACUUCUAAAAGAAAACGAGUGAUAACCAAGAAUUGA